AUGGCUGCUCUCCAUUGUGAUGGGUCUCUUGUAGAUGACAAAGCAAGCUUUGGGGACCUCAUUCGUGAUGGAUAUGGAGACCCCAUAGCUGCCUAUGCUGGUCUAGGGGAAGAUCUUUCGGUGCUGUCCAUGGAGCUUAAGGCUAUUUACAAAGGAAUUUCCCUUUGUAUCGAGAAGGGCUUGUAUGAUGUUUCUGUUAGGUCGGAUUUGAAGCUGGCCAUCGACAUUUUGAAUGGGCAGAUCACUGGGCCCUGGCAAAUCCUUACUUUGAAAAGUAAGAUCCUCUCUAAGUUUAGGCUGCUGAGGUCUAAAGAAUUUGUUCAUGUUUGGAGAGAACAGAACCAGCCCGCAGAUUUCAUGGCUUCCCUCCCUACUGAGCCCUCUGGAACCUAUUGGGAGCCUGAGUCUUUCCCUCCGGAGCUGACCAUUCUCAUAAAGAAAGAUAAGGAGCUGGCGGACAGCAAACCGAAGAAUAGGAUUAAGCUUCAUAUUCACGGGUAG